AUGGGUAACCACUUAGUCGUACCCGCUGACGGCUGUCCUCGGCCCCUGGUGAGUGAUGGUCGUCAAGGCACUUCGCCAACCACGCCUACCAGAGGAGAUCCUAGAAGGGUUCUUCAUCGGGGAGGCGGUACUGCUCCUGGGUUGCAUCGUCCAUCUUCCCCGACGAAUGCGGAUGUUGAAGACUUG